UCUUGCAAGUGGAGCAGCGGAUCUCUACCUUCUCCUGCUGCGAUUUGAAAUUCAAAUCGUCUUGGUUCCAAACGCCCAAUCUCCACAUCAUUAAAAACGAAUCCUUAACAAGCGCUGUUCAACGGUCCUUUUUCCCCAUAAACGGCUAGACUUAUUUCUCCUCAAAUCUGAACCUUAUUUCUCUUUUUUUUUGGGUAAAGUCUGAACCUUAUUUCUCGCUUUCUGCCAAACACUUGUUUCCCGGAAAAUUUCAAUUUCUCAGGAAAAUCAUUCCUGCUGGGAAACAACAAGUUUCGAGAGCCAUUCCGGCCGUCGACGAGAAUCUAUAUCUGUUCAGUGUUACCUUCAACAAUUAUGAUGCACAUGGUGUCUAUGAUGUAGCUGACGUCACCUCGAACAGUAUGGAAUCUCAUCUUUCCAAAAUUGUGUGAGGAAUUGGAUACAGGCACCUCGAACAAUAUUUAACUUGUGAGGUGCAAACACUUCAACAUGUCUAAUCUCCAGAAUGAUCCGCUUUUGCAAGUGGAAACAACAUGUGGAUCACUUCUAUAUGAACUUCAGAUAAUUUGGGAUGAAGUUGGGGAGUCAGAUUCAGAAAGGGAUAAAAUGCUUCUUGAGCUGGAACAGGAGUGUCUCGAGGUAUACAGAAGAAAAGUGGAUCUGGCCAACCGUAGUAGAGCUCAGCUAAGGCAGGCAAUUGCUGAUUCUGAAGCAGAACUUGCGGCCAUAUGUUCUGCAAUGGGAGAGCGACCUGUUCAUAUUAGGCAGAAUGAUCAAACUGCGGAAAGCUUAAAGGAGGAGCUCCGGAGAAUUCUUCCGCAACUUGAGGAGAUGAAGAAGCGAAAAUGUGACAGAAGAAAUCAAUUCGUUGAAGUUUUAGAGCAAAUACAACAGAUCUCAAAUGAGAUAUAUGGGUCUGUAAACAAUAUUUCCUCCAAAGUGGUUAUGGACGAAACUGAUUUGUCCUUAAGAAGGCUUGAAGAACUACACCGACAGCUCCAUGCACUUCAGAAAGAGAAGAGUGAUCGCUUAAGGAGAAUUCAGGACCUCCUUGAAGAUUUGGACUCGCUUUGCUUAGUGCUUGGCCUUGACUUUAAGCAGACAGCUGGUGAGGUUCAUCCCAGUUUUGGAGAUUCCGAAGGACUAAGGUGCAUAGCUGACAGUACAAUUCAGCUGUUGGCUACCACAAUACAAAAACUACGAGAGGUUAAAAAACAGAGAAUGCAAAAGCUUCAAGACCUUGCUACUACAAUGUUGGAGCUAUGGAAUUUGAUGGACACUCCUCUUGAAGAGCAACAGAUGUUUCAGAGCGUUACCUGUAAUGUCGCUGCUUCUGAACAUGAAAUAACUGAACCCAACACUCUGUCUCUGGACUUCAUCAAUCAUGUUGAAGCAGAAGUGUCCAGGUUGGAAGAAUUAAAAUCAAGCAAGAUGAAAGAACUUGUUCUAAAGAAAAGGUCAGAGCUGGAGGAGAUUUGCAGAAAGACUCACUUAAUUCCACUAGCAGAUAGUGUAAUAGAACAUGCGAUUGAUGCUGUUGAAUGUGGAGCCAUAGAUCCUGCUACUGUUCUUGAACAGAUUGAACUUCAAAUUGCUAAUGUUAAGGAAGAAGCUUUUGGCAGGAGAGAUAUACUUGAGAAGGUUGAAAAAUGGAUGGCUGCUUGCGAGGAGGAAUGCUGGCUCGAGGAGUACAACAGGGAUGAGAACCGAUACAAUGCGGGAAGAGGUGCUCAUCUGACGCUCAAGCGUGCAGAGAAAGCCCGUUCCUUGGUUAAUAAACUUCCAGGGAUGGUCGAGGCAUUGGCAUCAAAGACCAUCGCAUGGGAAAAGGAGAGGGGCGUUGAUUUCUUAUAUGAUGGUAUUCCCCUUCUUUCCAUGCUAGAAGAGUACACUAUACUGCGGCAGGAGAAAGAAGAAGAACGCCGUAGGCUGCGGGACCAGAAGAAACUGCAGGGGCAGCUGAUAGCAGAGCAAGAGGCACUUUAUGGGUCAAAACCAAGCCCUUCAAAGCCUCAGAAUGUUAAAAAAGCUCCUAGAGUCUCAACUGGAGGUGCAGGCAAUAGACGAAUCUCUCUUGGUGGAGCCAAUAUUCAGACUCCUAAACCUGAUUUACUUCACUCCACAAAAGCUACUCCACGUGCAGCAAAGAAAAUUGAUCGAACUCACCAAAAUGAAUUGUUAAAUCCACGCCAAGAAGAUGGCUUUGCAGUUCUAUCUGCAGGUAGGAGAGGCUUGGACAUUGCAGGUCUUCCUGCAAGAAACCACUCCUUAGGUACUGCCAAUUCUCGUGAGCCAGAGUCACCGAGGAUGAGGAAACCAUUCUCACCUAUCUCUUCCACAGCAUCAUCCAAGGUCAAUAUUAACAACUCGUUAGAAGAUCCAAACAUAUCACAUGCCGAAAUGUUACAGAAAACACUUCCAACUAACGAUCUGUCUUUCACUACACCUUCGAAGACAUCUGUUACAGAUGAAGAUAGUAGGACUCCCAGGGCAGCGCCAAUUCCUGUGCCCUCUACACCUGCAACAGUUUCAAUUCCUAUGCAGACCGCUACGACCCCUGCUCCCCCACCGAUUGCUUUUGGCGUCAAUCCAGUUGAUGAUGUUCCUGAGGAGAUUGAAUACUCAUUCGAGGAAAGAAGAGCUGGGUUUGUAGUUCCUAAAAACCAUAUGAAAUCGAUGGUAGAAGUAUGAUCUUAUACUGAUCUAUUCGAUUUCCAUUUGGUACUUUUGGAAUUUAUGAUGGGAUAAGUCAAUUGUAAUUGACUGAACAAUCUGUGUACAUAGUCUACGAGCAGUUAACGUGGACUAAGAUGUCGGAGUUUUCUUCCCCAGUAAAUUUUAGCUCAACUCUUAAAUGUGAUGAAUGUCAGAUUGGCUUCUUCCAUUUUUUGUGUGUCAAUUGUAGUAGGCUCAUUCACACUGAAGUGCCAUUGAUUCGA